AUGGAGGGACCCCGAGAUCCCGAUAAGAUUAGCGACGUCUACACAAAUAUUUUUAAUAAUGCAACUUUAACUGGAUUUGCACCUCCAACUGCAACAUGGUAUGGUUCACCCGAUGGACAUGGAACCGAUUCUAGAGCUUGUGGAUAUGGAGAUGUAGGCAAUCCUCCAUACAAUUCCUUAAUAGCGGCAGGAAAUCAAGCUCUAUACCAAAGCGGUAAAGGCUGUGGACAAUGUUAUGAGGUACAAUGCAACUCAAAUCCAGAAUGUUCAGGAAAUUAUGUGAAAGUUUAUAUAACAGAUGAAUGUCCCGGUGCAUGCAACGAUCAGCCAAUUUGGUUUGACUUGAGUGGAACCGCUUUUGGUGCAUUGGCAAAGUCAGGUGAAGCUGAUGCAUUGCGCAAUGCUGGAAAGAUUCAGAUCUCAUACCAAAGGUAA